GCUCGUCUUCCACCACUUUCUCCCCUCCGCUCUGUCUGCACUCGUCCACUCAUACACCGACACAACCACACAGCGCCAGCGCCAGCAACACCAAGAACCGCUCCAGCCCCCGUCUGGCCAUACAUCUACCGCCAGACACCCUCGCCCAAAAUGGCUCCGCAGCUCGACAAGUUCUACCAGAGCGUCGACGCUCUCGCCGAGCCCUUCAUCGAGCGCCUCCGCCAGGCCGUCGCGAUCCCAUCCAUCUCGGCCGAGGACGAGCGCCGGCCCGAUGUGAUCAAGAUGGGCCACUGGCUGAAGUCGCAGUUGGAGGCACUGGGAGCACACAUGGAGGCCCGCGAGCUGGGCCCACAGCCGCACAAGGAGCAUCUGACGCUGCCGCCGGCCGUCAUUGGUCGCUAUCCUGCCCAGAAGGACCCGAGCAAGAGGACCAUCUUGGUCUACGGACAUUACGACGUGCAGCCUGCCAACCUCUCCGAUGGCUGGGCCACCGAGCCCUUCGAGCUGACGGUGGAUGGUAAGGGCCGCAUGUACGGACGUGGCAGCACCGACGACAAGGGUCCUGUGCUGGGCUGGUUAAAUGUCAUCGAGUCGCACAAGAAAGCUGGCAUCGACUUCCCUGUCAAUCUGCUCAUGUGUUUCGAGGGCAUGGAGGAGUAUGGCUCCGAAGGCCUGGACGACUUCAUUAUCGCCGAGUGCAAGCCCGGCAAGUUCUUCGAAGAUGCCGACGCCGUGUGCAUCUCCGACAACUACUGGCUGGGUACCGAGAAGCCGUGUCUGACGUACGGCCUGCGAGGCUGCAGCUACUACUCCAUCGAGAUCAGCGGGCCUGGCCAAGACCUGCACUCAGGAGUGUUUGGCGGGACCGCACAGGAACCAAUGACGGAUCUCGUGCGCGUCAUGGGCAGUCUCGUCGACACCGAUGGCAAGAUCCAGAUUGAGGGCAUUAAGGACCUGGUCGCCCCACUUACCAAAGAAGAAGAGAGCCUGUACAAGGACAUCGCCUUCACCAUGGACAACCUGUACGAAUCGCUCGGCAGCAACACGGGUAUCUAUCCGGACAAAGAGUCAACUCUCAUGGGCCGCUGGAGGUACCCUUCACUCUCGCUGCAUGGUAUCGAGGGUGCCUUUUCUGCCCCUGGAGCAAAGACCGUCAUCCCAGCCAAGGUGAUUGGCAAGUUCUCCAUCCGGACCGUUCCUAACAUGGAGCCAGAACAAGUUGACAAGCUCGUGUACGCUCACGUAGACAAGGUUUUCAAGUCCUUGAAGUCCAAGAACAAAAUCAACUGCUUCCUGCAACAUGCUGGCAAGUGGUGGGUUGCCUCACCUAAGCAUUGGAACUUCACCGCUGCUGCCAAGGCUGUUGAAGAUGUCUGGGGCACCAAGCCAGACUUGACGAGGGAAGGUGGCAGCAUUCCUGUCACCCUGACCUUUGAGCAAGCCACAGGCAAGAAUGUUUUGCUUUUGCCCAUGGGAAGCUCGACUGAUGCAGCUCAUUCAAUCAACGAGAAGCUUGAUCGUCGCAACUAUAUUGAGGGCAUCAAGCUUCUUGGUUCUUACCUCCAUUAUGUGGCGGAAGAGCCAAUGAAGGGAUAGUCUGCUACUGUUUGAUAUAACAGUGAAGACCGCCCGACCACACAGGCAUUCGCAGCAGGCAGUCCUUGAAUGCUGUUUCCUAGAAUGCAUUGUGAACCCCAAGCUUUCACUCACCUCACCACACCACAGCAAAGUGGCAGCGUGAAGGUGGCACUCUUCAACACAAGUGUGAUUGGACACACACAUGCCCUCCGCACCAUACUCCAUAUCCAUAUGCAGGGGAUGGUGACCAGCGCCACGAUGUCAACGAAGUCAACGUAGACCAGAACGAUAUCACAUGUCCAAUCGAGGACCUGCCAUUGCAUAUCGGUCUCCACACUUCUCAUGCCUCCCAUUGCCUCUGAAAUCUCAGAAUUGCGUUGUUCAAUUAGCCGCUAACAGAGUCUAAGUACAUUCGCC